UCAGUACUUUAUAACAACAACUAGUGAACAUUAGUAUUAGAGUUCGAAAAUUCGAAAUAUUCAUCACGGGAAAGAUGUUAUUUCUGGGUUUCUUGCUGCUUUCUGUGGUUGGUGGAAGUCGGGCUCUACCAGUAGAUGAACGGCAGGAAGACGAUCCUGAACUAACUGCUGGCUUCUUUGAAGGAGAUAUUGUGUUGGACGCGUCCCCGCGUAAUGGCGUAAAGAAUUCAGAUAAACGUUGGCCUAAGGGUAUUGUCUAUUAUAAAUUUAUGGAUGGAUUUUUUGACAAAGAACAAAUACAUUUUAUAAAAGAUGCCAUGAAAGCUAUAGAAAAUGCUUCUUGUGUUCGCUUCAAAGAGGCCGGCGAUAAUCAACCAUAUUUCGUCAACAUAACAGGUACUCAGAUUGGAUGUUUCUCUAAAGUUGGAUUUACUGCUCGUGUUCAAAAAUUCAAUCUAAAACCGUAUCCCAUAAAAGAGGGCUGCUUUCGUUUCGGCAGUAUAAUGCACGAAUUGAUGCACACACUCGGUUUCCAUCAUAUGCAGAACACUUAUAACCGCGACGAAUAUGUUCAGAUUAACAAGAAAAAUAUUGAACGAAGCGAACGGCAUAAUUUUCAAAUAUAUGAUAAGGAUUUAAUUGAGGAUUUUGAAGCAGAAUACGAUUAUGGUAGUAUUUUACAUUAUCCGAGACGUGCUUUCUCGAAGAACGGCGAAAAGACUAUAGAGCCUCUGAAGAAAGUGAAGAAGGGUCUAAUGGGUCAGCGCAAAGCUUUAAGUGAAAUUGAUAUUUACAAAUUGAAUAAAAUGUAUAAAUGUAAGAAAAAGCAUUAAUUAACUGUGUUGUUGUUGGUGUAAGUGGUUCCAUUUAAUAUAUGCGCAUAUAUAUAUAAGAUAGAAACCAAUGUUUAUUAUAUAUAUUAUUAUAUGUACUAUAUAUCUCCCUUAAUUUGACGCCUUUUUUUCGAUGUUUAUAAUAUGUUAAUUU